GAAAUCCAAAUCUGUAAGACGGCAACAUUAUCUUUGACAUCUGCGUUCUUCAUCGUCGCUUCCACGAAAAGAAUAUAUUUCACAAUUCAAAUUCACACCUACCCAUAAGAACACAACCCAAAUCCUCAAAUACCCAUUACCCAUUUCUCAAUUUCAGAAUUUGAUUCGUUUCUGACCAAGAUCCCAAUUCUUUAACCGAUGCGACCCAAGAUCGAAUCCGAGCAGAAUCACAGUCGCCGGAAGCAAAUCUCCGUCCUACCAAAGCGGAUAAUAUUGGUCCGCCACGGUGAGUCUCAGGGCAAUCUCAACUCCGCAACCUACGCCACUACCCCCGAUAACAAAGUUCCGUUAACGGAAGAGGGUUUGAUUCAGGCUCGAAUCGCCGGUACCGAGCUCCACAGAUUGUUGUCCGAUGAUGGCACUAACCCUAAUUGGCGAGUCUACUUCUACGUUUCUCCCUACGAGCGCACCCGAUCCACACUCCGGGAGAUCGGCCGAGCGUUCUCGAAGAAGCGGAUUAUUGGCGUCAGAGAGGAGUGUAGAAUCAGAGAGCAGGAUUUUGGGAAUUUUCAAGUGGAGGAAAGAAUGAAGAUCGUGAAGGAGACGAGGGAGAGAUUUGGGAGAUUCUUCUACCGGUUCCCUGAAGGGGAGUCUGCUGCGGAUGUUUACGAUCGCGUUUCCAGCUUUCUUGAAUCUCUGUGGAGGGACAUAGACUUGAACAGGCUCCGCCACAACCCGUCCCACGACCUCAACCUUAUAAUCAUAUCUCACGGGCUAACAUCGCGCGUCUUCCUCACGAAAUGGUUCAAAUGGACAGUCAAACAAUUCGAGUACCUGAACAACCUCGAGAACUGCGAAUGUCGGGUAAUGCAGUUGGGACGAGGCGGAGAAUACAGCUUAGCCGUUAAGCACACAGAGGAAGAAAUGCUGGAAUGGGGACUCUCCCCUGAGAUGAUAUCCGACCAGAAAUGGAGAGCAAGUGCACACAAAGGGGAAUGGAAUGAAAGAUGUCCCUGGUAUCUCGAUGCUUUCUUUGAUAAUCUAUCCGACUCGGACUGUGACGGUGACGACAGCUCUGAUGAACUGUGUCACAAUCACGAGGAGGAACUUGUUCGAGUGUAGAACUGACUAAGGAAUGACUUUUACGUUUACAAUUCUUUGAAUUUGAUUGCGCUUGAUGGGUGGAUGAAAAUCUACCUUC